AUGGUCGGCGCCGGCGUGCUCAGCCUGCCGUACGCCAUGGCUCACCUAGGAUGGGGGCCCGGGUUGGUGGCGCUGCUGGUGUCGUGGGGGAUCACGCUGUACACGCUGCGGCUGCUGAUCGAGCUGCACGAGUGCGUGCCCGGCGUGCGGUUCAACCGGCUCCGCGACCUCGGCGCGCACGCGCUGGGCCCGCGCCUGGGGCCCUGGGUGGUCGUGCCGCAGCAGCUCAUCGUGCAGCUCGGCUGCGACAUGGUGUACAUGGUCACGGGCGGCAAGUGCCUGCAGAAGUUCGCCGAGUCCUUGUGCCCGCGCUGCGGGCCGCUGCACCAGUCCUACUGGAUCUGCAUCUUCGGCUCCUCCCAGUUCCUGCUGUCCCAGCUGCCCAACCUCGACGCCAUCACCGCCGUGUCCUUCGCUGCCGCCGCCAUGUCACUCUGCUACUCGACCAUCUCGUGGGCGGCGUGCGUGGCGCGCGGGCCGGUGCCCGGGGUGAGCUACGCGUACAAGGCCGGCACGGCGGCGGACUCGACGUUCCGGGUGUUCAGCGCGCUGGGGCAGGUGGCGUUCGCGUACGCGGGGCACGGCGUGGUGCUGGAGAUCCAGGCCACCAUCCCGUCUACGCCCACCAAGCCGUCCAGGGCGCCCAUGUGGAAGGGCACCGUCGCCGCGUACCUCGUCACCGCCGCCUGCUACUUCCCCGUCGCGCUCCUCGGAUACUGGGCCUUCGGGCGCGACGUCGGCGACAACGUCCUCGUCGCGCUGCAGCGGCCGCCCUGGCUCGUCGCCGCGGCCAACAUGAUGGUCGUCAUCCAUGUCGUCGGAAGCUAUCAGGUGUAUGCGAUGCCUAUAUUCGAAAGCAUCGAGACGAUUCUGGUCACAAGAUUCAGGCUGCCGCAAGGAUUACUCCUCCGUCUCGUGGCCCGAUCGGCUUACGUCGCAUUCACACUGUUCAUCGCGGUGACUUUCCCGUUCUUUGGCGACCUCCUCGGUUUCUUCGGAGGGUUUGGGUUCACGCCGACCUCCUACUUCCUCCCCUGCAUUCUGUGGCUGAAGAUCAAGAAGCCGCCGAGGUUCAGCGCGUCGUGGUGUGCCAACUGGGGCUGCAUCGUCGUCGGAGUGCUGCUGAUGCUUGUGUCUACCAUUGGCGGCUUACGGAGCAUCGUCCAAGACGCGUCGACGUUCCAGUUCUAUUCCUGA